AUGAUCCCUUUUAGAGCCUUGUUUCUUUGUUCCUUGCUGUUUGUGGUCGUAUAUUCCGAUGCUCCUCCGGAUGGCGAUAAGACACCUGAUGUUGAAGUUGAUAAGAUAAACGAUAAAGGAAUCGAUCUUGAAAAGGCUGAUGAAUAUUGGCAAAAACGAGCUGCUGAAGCUCAAAAGGCUGCUCAAAAGGCCUUCAAUCCUGACCCUGAUUCCGUUGCUGAUAACUUCAACGCAGCCGUUGGCCAGGAGAUAGUGAACAGCAACAAUUCAAGGAGGAGCUUGAGGAGAUACAGAGGUCCAUGCUUGGCGACCAACCCCAUAGACAGAUGCUGGAGGUGCGACCCAAAUUGGGACAAGAAUCGAAAAAAGCUAGCCGAAUGUCCAUUAGGGUUCGGCCACCAAACCAUCGGCGGCAAGAGAGGUCCCAUUUACGUGGUGACAGACGCCUCCGAUGAAAACCUAGUCGACCCCAAGCCUGGAACCCUACGCCACGCGGUUGUCCAAAACGGCCCAAGAUGGAUCAUAUUCGGGCGCAGCAUGAUCAUCAGGCUGUCCCAAGAGCUCAUAAUCUCAAGCAACAAGACCAUCGACGGCCGCGGCUUCAAUGUCCACAUAGCCUUCGGCGCAGGGCUCACUCUUCAAUUCGUGCAUAAUAUCAUCAUCCAUGGCCUUCAUAUCCAUGACAUUAUUUCCAAAUCUGGUGGAAUGAUUAGAGAUGCAUUUGAUCAUUAUGGGUUCCGAACACAAAGCGAUGGCGAUGGUAUUUCAAUCUUUGGAGGCUCUCACAUUUGGAUCGAUCAUGUUUCAAUGUACAAUUGCCAAGACGGGUUAAUUGAUGCCAUUAUGGGUUCCACUGCCAUUACAAUUUCCAAUAGUCAUUUUACUCACCAUAACGAGGUUAUGUUAUUUGGAGCCAGUGAUAGCUAUAAGGAAGAUUCUAUAAUGCAAAUAACCCUAGCAUUCAACCAUUUUGGGAGGGGAUUGGUGCAAAGAAUGCCAAGGUGUAGAUUUGGGUUCUUCCAUGUGGUUAAUAAUGACUAUACUCAUUGGCUUAUGUAUGCCAUUGGGGGCAGCCAGCACCCCACCAUUGUUAGCCAAGGGAACCGUUUCAUAGCCCCUCCGAACCCAAGCGCGAAACAGAUAACGAAGAGAGAGUAUGCCGAUGAGUCCGAAUGGAAGAAUUGGUCAUGGCGGUCGGAGGGAGAUUUGAUGAUCAACGGGGCGUACUUUGUUCCGGCGGGGGAUCAAACCAAGGGGAAGAAGAGCGAUUUCUCAAGAUAUGAUAUGAUUAAAUUCAAGCCAGGAGCCUACGUGAAAAGGCUUACACGCUUCGCUGGUACACUUGAGUGUCAAGUAGGCAAGCCAUGCUAAGCUGAUUUACACCAUUUUUGGUCACUCCUUGAUCUCUUGGUGGCUUUUAGUUUUUUUUUUUAUUUUUUAUUUUUUUAUGAAGUGUGUUUGAAUAACUCAGCCGCUAGUUUUGUAGGAAGAAGGAAGACAAAAUGAAUUGUCAAAUCCUUUCUUAUGUUUUGUUCUUUUCUAUCUUCUUCUACCAAAUGUAAUAAAUGAAAAUGUGUUGGUUGUGGUUUGUUAAAA